AUGGAAAUUCUGACCUGGAGCCUGAACAUCCUUGCUGCUGGUGUGCAUCCUGAGAGAGAUUUCUUUGGUCAGAGUUACCGUGGUCGCUACACCCCCGGAAGUCCAAUUGCAGGAUGGUUCACUGGAACUACAAACGAGGCAGCCAGGAUGGUGCAACUUUGCGCACGCUUCAAGACGCACUCACAAGCCACAAUGGCUCCAGGCUUGCUGUCGUACGAAGGUGGCGCGUAUCCCUGUCUCAGUUUGAAGGCGUAUAACGGGCGCCUCUUUCUGAUGUUCUUUGAGGUGGUUCUUCGUACAGUGCUGCGACGUGGUGGCCUCGGAGAAUCCCGUGAGGAAGUUCAACUUGCUUCUGCUGCUGUGUCAGCACUGGUGGCAUUCUUUGACCGGAUGGAGGCGGCUGGGCGCUACCUUUCAGCGAAUGAAGCCAGUGGACUGUAUGAAGCAUGCGUCCAGUUUUUGAACCUUUUGCAAGUGCUGGCAUUGGUUUCUCUCCGUCGCUCGAUUCCGCGAUGGAAAAUAGUUCCAAAACAUCACAUGAUGAUGCACUUAGCGACUGGGAUGAAAGUCACCCGGUAUAACUGCCGGGCCUUUCACUGCUUUAUUGACGAGGAUUUCAUCGGUCGAUGGAAAUCCUUAUCUGAGAUGGUACCAAAAGAGCUCAUGGAAUUCCGUCUCUUGACGCG